AUCGCGCCAUUCCUUCGCCGUUCAGCAGCUAACAGAGUGCACAUCAUUUGACUUAAUUUGUUAAUCAGUGUUAAUUACAUUCACAAACUGCCAAGAUGCCUGCAGAGAUUUCUGAUCUACCCAAUGAAGUUUUGCUGCUGAUUUUCUCUUACUUGUCAUUUUACGACAUUGUGCACUCCAUUAGGGUGGUAUGCUCUCGCUGGCGUGAUUUGGGAAAAAAGAAAUGUCUAUGGAACAGAAUAGGAGUCAUGAAAUGGAUGAAAGAAGCUUUAAACCAUGAUGACUUCUUGCACAGAGCCAGAGUAAUAGGAAGAAACCUUGAUACUUUGUCAUUUUCAACAAUUCAGGAAGAAGAACAGUUUAACUGGACACUUGUAACAGACAUGGAACAUUUUUAUUCAAUUAAGUAUGGUAGAUCACACGAAGUUGAAAAUGAAAAUGAUGUUGAGGAUGAAGUUGAAGAUGAUGAUUCAAAGCGAUUUAAUGGCCUGCUUUUGUUCUUAAGAGAAGACUUAAGGUGCCCCAAUGUAAAAGCAAUUCAUGCCGUUGAAUCAGACAUUUCUUUGUGUAACUUCCUUCAACUUCUAGAAAAAUAUUCUCAAGUAAAGGAAGUUGUGAUUGACCAGAACGCCUGCUUUGAUUUACAAAAUCCUGAGAAAUAUAUGCCUGCCUUGCAAAAUUUGGUAAAGCUCAACAAUCUGACAGUAAAGUGUGAUGAAAGAGAUGACACUCAAAUUGAGGAAGAGGGAAUAUGGAGAAGCCAGAUUUGGAAUACUGAGUUAGAGAAACUGGUGAGGGCACAUCCAGAUCUAACUUACUUGGAUGUUUCCUUACCUGGAAGUUGUGAACAUUUAAUUGAGACAAUUAUGAAAAAUUGUCAAAAGUUAAAGACAUUAAAAAUGACUGGGGAUAAGAGGCAAGAAUUAGAUUUGAACAUAAUGCCAAAUGCAGCAUUGCCAUUGGUCGAAGAACUGAGUCUUUAUGACUUUAACUUGGAGCCACACGAUUUUAAAUCCAUAUUAACUGUUGCAUGUGCGGGUAAGAAGUUGCAAAAGCUAAAUCUUAUCGAUUGCUAUGAUAUAACAGAGGACAUCUACCAGAUUGUUAGUGAGAAUUGCCCACUUCUGCGAAGAUUCGUUGGAAAAGAAGACGAGCAUUAUGUAAAAGUUAAAAAUAGAAUCUAUUUAUUGCAACGUACCAUGGAAUACACAUUUAUAAAUGAUAAUGCUCUCACCUAUCUGUCAGCUUGCAAAUAUAUCCAGGAAUUAAGUAUUGCAGACUCGAGUGGAAAAGCGGUUACAGAUGAGGGUAUCCGGACUCUGGCACGCGGAUGUACCCAGUUGAAAAAUUUAAACCUAGAAGAUUGUGACCUGGGCGUAAUGGAAGUGGCUCGUUAUUGUCGUGAGCUACGCGUUGUUAAUCUUAAUAAGUGUCUCCACACAACUGGAUUUGGCUUUAGUUGUCUAGUUAUUAAUUGUCAAGGUCUUCAACACGUUGAAAUGUCUGGAUGUAACUCUUUCAAGAAAGUCAUUUUGAGCAAAGAACAAAGAUUUCCAGCAAUCCCACUUGCAUCGCUAAAUCAGAGUAUACAUGUUGAAACAAAACCUGCUGAAAUUCAAUGUAACUGUUCCACAUUUUCAGAGUCUUCAAGGAUUUGUCCAAAGAUAAUUCGCAGCCAACGAGAAAUCAAAGCCCUAUAUGGGAUUACAGAGGACAACAUCCCCCAAACCAGUAUACAGAACAAUGAAGACGAGUCUGCUGCUUUGGUCUGUUCUCCACCCAAACCAUUUCGAGUUUCGUCCGAUCACUCCUGGAUUCAGAUGCUGGACCUGUCCUAUUGUAAAAGUGUCUGUGACUCCGAUAUCAUAGAAAUUUGCAAGUAUUGUCCAGAAAUAAGAAGUCUCAUUGUGGCAUCCAACGAAAACUUAACAGACACAAGCAUUCUUGCUGUUUCUAGAUAUUUAACAUUAUUGACAACAUUGGAAAUACAGGGGAUAGGUAGAUUGACAAAUGAUUCUUUGACUGCUCUUGCAAAGAGUGAUUUGGUUAAUUUAUCUUUACAAGCAUGUCCGAGAAUGACGAUUAAUGGUUUAGAAAAAAUUUUGACGACAAACAAAACUCUAAAGAAAAUGCAAAUUUGUCAAAAUGAAGAGGUUGAUGCUGUGGCAUUCAGGAGCAACAAUAUCAAAAAACUACUUGUGCGAAUUAGUACUGACAAUGUUGUGUUUGAAAUGACGAACAAUAUGUAUACCGAUUGGUUUAAUAUUGAAGCAAGGCGUAAAUCCUGA